AUGGAAGCUACCCUUUAUCGGAAACUUACACCAGCUCAUCGGCUCUCUACACAUCAUGGACUAAGAGACUUGGCCAAGAAAUAUGGACCCCUCAUGCACCUCAAGCUCGGAGAAGUUUCCACUGUAGUAGUUUCAUCAGCAGAGUUUGCCGAAGAGGAAGCUGUAAAGACAUCGUCUGGCUUCGCUCUUGCAGAUGUUUUUCCUUCUGUCAGUUUGCUUCAGCUCUUAAGUGGAAUGAGGCCUAAACUUGAAAGGCUGCAUAAAGAAGCUGACAGGAUAAUGGAAAACAUCAUCAAAGAACAUCAAAGAGAUAUGGUAACUUCAAAAAGUGUCGAUGGUGAAGCAGAGGAAGACCUGGUAGAUGAUGCUCUCCUUAAAUUUCACGAGCAUGGCAGUGGGCUUGAGUUUUCCCUAACUACUGACAACAUCAAAGCUGUUAUCUUCACACACCAAUGUUUUCAAAGGCGAGGCGUUUUUAGUAGCGCUAUACGAGGCGUAAGCCUUGAAGCGUUGAGGCAGUCGCAAAUUUCUUCCGGUUCAAAAGUUUCCAAAUCUGAUACGCCUUGCUCCGCCUGGCCACGCCUUGCAACGCCUUCUCACGCCUUCCUAGCGCUAAACGUGCAACUCGCGAAACAGCCGAUCGCCUCCGGCGUUUUCCUCCCGCCUCGCGCCGACGCGCGCUCCGACACGCGCGAAGGCAUGCCUUUGAAAACACUGAGACACACCACAACUGGUGUAGUCUUUAAUAAUUCAAACAAUGUUGGCAAGGACACCAUCAAAAUUAUGGCUGGUCUUUUUCAUCGAUUUACCUCUACAAACACCGAAAAAUUGGGUUAUGACCUAGUUAAGCAAGAUAUGUUUUCUGCUGGGAGUGAGACAUCAGCUACCGCUGUAGAUUGGGCAAUAACAGAAAUGUUAAAAACUCCAAGAGUAAUGAAAACGGCACAGAAUGAAGUGAGAGAAGUGUUUAAUAGAAAAGGACAGAUAGAUGAAACAUCCAUUGGAGAGAUGAAAUAUUUGAACUUGGUUAUCAAGGAGGAGACACGGAGGUUACAGCCCCCGGCUCCCCUGUUACUUCUAAGAGAAUGCGGAGAGAAAUGCGAGAUUGAUGGAUACGAAAUACCUGUGAAAUCCAAUGUAAUCGUGAAUGCAUGGGCAAUUGGUAGAGAUCCCAAUUACUGGAAUGAGCCUGAGAGCUUUAAUCCCAAUAGGUUCCUCGAUAGCUCGAUUAACUACAAGUGA